GUGGACACUACAAUUCUACGCUGUAUUGGACUAACUUUUUCCGUUUGUUUCCAUAGAAAAUGAAUGAGAAGUGGUAAAGAUUGAAUUUUGGUGCUUCUCACCGCGCAAUUUGUUGAGAAUCUUAUGUCAGACUAGAUUGGGUAGUUUUCUUGAAAAGAAACUACAAAAUGGAGUAGUUUUGGUGGCCUUGUUGCUGGCAGGUCUGUUGUGAUGAAUGUAGAGGUUGUGUGAAUUAUUCUGUUGUACAAGGAACAAUGGAAAGCAAGGCUAACAAUAUAUCAUUCGAUUCGGAUGAGAGCGAAAGGUGUCUGGAAUUUGAAAGCUGUGAUGAGCAUUUAUUGAUUGAUUAUGAUGAGCUUCCAAAGGACAUUGAUUUAUGCUCACUUGAAGUUGAUAAGAUCAUACAACAGCCUAAUGCAAGCUUGCCCUUGAUGGGCAAUGCUGUAGAGCCAUACAUUGGAAUGGGGUUCAAGUCUAGAGACGAUGCUCGAGACUUUUAUAUUGCUUAUGGCAGGCAUUCUGGGUUCACAGUAAGGAUUCAUCACAACCGGCGUUCGAGGAUGAAUAGCAUGGUUAUUGGCCAAGAUUUUGUUUGUUCCAGAGAGGGUUUUCGGGAUAAGAAAUAUGUAUGCAGGGAAGAUAGAGUUCUUCCUCCACCACCUGUCACCAGAGAAGGCUGUGCUGCAAUGCUGAGGGUAGCUUUAAGAGAUGGGGAGAAGUGGGUUGUUACCAAGUUUGUAAAAGAACAUAAUCACAAAUUAAUGGCUCCAAGUAAAGUUCCAUGGCGAGGAUUUGGGAAAAACUUAAUUCGUGAGGAUGAGAAGGAUCAGAAAAUUAGGGAUCUUACAAUUGAACUUAGCAAUGAGAGACAGCGAUGUAAACGCCGAUGUGCAGCUUAUCAGGAACAAAUAAGUAUGCUUUUGAAAGAUAUCCAAGAGCAUAGUGAUCACUUGUCAACAAGAGUUCAAGAUAUAGUAAGGAACAUAAGAGAACUUGAGAAUGAGCAAUGUGUAGAUUCAGAACAAUAAUGCCAUUUGUACAUUUUCCC